CAGGGGAGACCCUGCGAGGCUACCCUGUGCGCUUAAGCUCCCGCAAUGCCAAGCUCGCUUUCUUGCGCUCAGGCCUGAGGCGCCGCCUGGAGAAUUUCAAGGCGCAGCUGCAGCAGCUUUACCGGUUGCUGGCAUCCGCCGCCGACCGGCAGCCCCGUCCCUUCGCAGAAGCGGCAAGGGGAGCGGCGGCUUCUCCCCCCCCCCCCUCGGGCCAAGCCGACCUUUGUCCCUCCGGCUGGCCCGCGCAGCUGCUGGGCUUGCCUGGGAAAAGGGAGCCCCGCGGGGUUCCCCGUGUUUCUAGAGCGACAGCCCUGGCUUCCGUCGCCCUCCCUUCCCCGGCGACAGCGCAUUGUGACCCGUGCUGAGUUCACCUGCCUUGCAACGGGCGGGCUUUGGCUGCAUGAAAAGACUCCCCCCCCCUCCCCGCCCAGAAACGCGAGGAAAGCUGCCUUCUUCACGCCCGCGCCCCCCUCCCCGCCCGCCUGCGUGUAGCCUGCUGCUUCAUCUUUUGUCUGCCUCUCUUCUCUCUGCUGCGUGGGGUGGGCGGAUGGGAGGAAGGUCGCCUUUCUCCGGCUCUUCCAGCAUCUCCCUCUUGCUCUUGGGAUGCUUUCCCGGAUCUGGUGGCCACCAGCCGAUGAUGUCCAGCUAGGGCCUCCACUGUCUAACUACUAUGUCUUCAGCAGCAGCUCUUCUGUCUCAAGCAAUCUGAAGAGGCCCAAAGGUUUUGUGGUCUGAAGAACAGUUUGAUGGAUGCUGGAAUGUCAAGUUGCAAAGUGGAUGGCAGUGGUGGUGGCGGUGUUGCUGUUCUGCGGAGGUCCCAGGCCAGGGAAGGGGUGGCCCAGCGAGAAGAAGAGCAAGAAGAAGAUGGAGAUGAAGAUCUCCGAGAUGGAGGAGUCCCUUUCUUUGUGAACCGUGGAGGGCUUCCCAUCAAUGAAGCCACCUGGGAAAGAAUGUGGAAACAUGUGGCCAAGAUCCAUCCUGAGGGAGAUUUGGUAGCUCUGAGGAUCCGGGGAGCCACUGAUCUACCCAAGAUCCCCAUACCAAGUGUGCCUACUCUACAGUCAACCACUCUCAUCCCUGAGCGCCUGGAAACUAUACAGCGCUAUAUCAGGGAACUUCAAUACAAUCACACUGGGACACAGUUCUUUGAAAUCAAGAAAAGCAGGCCUUUGACUGGGCUGAUGGAUCUGGCCAAAGAAAUGACAAAGGAAGCCCUGCCAAUCAAGUGUUUGGAAGCUGUGAUCCUAGGAAUUUACCUCACCAACAACAUGCCGACACUGGACCGCUUCCCCAUCAGUUUCAAAACUUACUUCUCAGGGAACUACUUCCACCAUAUUGUGCUGGGAGUGAACAUUGGGGGCCGCUAUGGGGCGCUUGGCAUAAGUCGGCGCGAGGAUCUCAUGUACAAAGCUCCCACCUUCCGCACACUGAGUGAGCUUAUUUUUGACUAUGAAGAGGCAUAUCGGUGCUGUUGGCAUACCCUCAAAAAGGUGAAGCUUGGCCAGUGUGUGUCUCAUGAUCCACAUAGUGUGGAGCAGAUUGAAUGGAAGCAUUCUGUCUUGGAUGUGGACAAGCUGAGCCGUGAGGACUUCCGCAAGGAGCUUGAGAGACAUUCCCGUGACAUGAGGCUAAAGAUCAGCAAAGCAACUGGGCCACCAUCACCCACCAAGGAUAGGAAAAAGGAUGUACCAUCCCCACAGCGUAACCAAUCCAGUCCACAUCGCCGCAAUAGCCGGACAGAAAGGCGACCAUCUGGAGACAAGAAACCUACAGAACCAAAAGCCAUGCCCGAUCUUAACGGUUACCAAAUCAGAGUAUAAAGAUCUUCUCAUUUGUGGACCAUUUGGUGGAGAGCAUUUGAAGCAACACUACCUAUAAGAUGUGCGGUGUGGGAGGGAAUGCAGAGGGUACAAGUGCAAAUUUUCCAAGGUAUUUAUUUACUUGGGGUGGCAUCCUGUGGAUUAGAGGAUAGCCAUUUCUUUGAAUUAUAUCAGGAACUAAAUACACCAACUAAACAAAAAAAAUUAAAUAGAUCUUCCACCAGUUAUUCAUUGUUCUACAUAGUGGCAAGGGAAGAUACAUUUUGCAAAGUAAGAGUAAAAGCCCUUUCUGUGCUAUUUUUCAGCCCACACAGAAGUAGAAUGCUUUUGACUUCAAAAAACCCCAUAGUAGGCUGUGUGUCUAUCUGCUUUUGAAGGAACUAAGUUAGCAGGAGAUCUAGGAGAUGGACAGGGGCUAGAAGCAAAAACAAAAAAAACUGACUCCUAUGGAAGAAGUUUUUAAUUUGUACUUUCUGAGAAUUUUAAUAUUUUUAAUAACUUGGGGAGUGGGGAAAGCUUACCAUAUUGUUGCAUAUGCUCUAAAAUCAUCAAUGUGAUCCUAGUGUUUUUGUUUCAAAUAAUGAAUUGCCUAGGAUGAAAAUACACAUCAUACAACUCCCACUGCAAACUGGCUAACUGUAUUCUCAAGAUACACGUUUUGUAAAUAAAAGAUAGUUUAGGAAUUGCCUGUGUUUGGGGGCAUGGACAUCAGAUGAAUGCAAAAGCUUAAUUGGCUUGUCAUGGCGGUACCUGAUUGUGAUGCAUUCUAGAGAUUAAUUGGAGACCAAGUUUCCACUUUCCUCACUUUGUGGUGCUACUCUAGAUUUGACUGUUGUUAGAGUAAUAGGAGCUUUCAGGUGGCAGCAGAACAGUCCCAACCUGAUGCUCUCCAUAUGUGUGUGGAAUUGCAGUCUCACCAUCUGGAGGGUAUUUUGUUGAGAGAAGGCUGCUGGGUAAGCAUAUCUCUGGUUUCUUGGAAAAGAGUGUCUUACUUAUUUAUAGAAACAUGACCCUUGCUCUUUCUCCCUGACAAGAUGUGAAUUCAUUCCUGCUGUAUGAAAUUGUAUACUGAGGGUUCCUAGAACGUGUCAAGUAGUAGCAGUGUAUUUAGAUAUUUACACAAGGAUCAGAUCCUGGGAUAUGUCUUUUUCUGUAUUCUCUUUUCUGAUCUUUCUCCUCCCUUCUCGACUUGUGCAAAGUGGGUAGAAACACAGAGUUUAUCUGUGGAACCAGUAUUUUAUUGCUUUUUCUUCAUGCUAUGUUUUUAGGGUAAAUAUGCAUUACUUUAGUAGUGCAUCCUUUUCUCUUGGAUGUUUUAUUAAGUAAAUAUGGUUACUAAUAUUGGCAGAAGCCAAACUUAAUUUUGAACCUCCUCAGCAGUUCAGUCCAUAUCCCUUUGACCUUGAACUAGCAAACUGCAGAAAGUUUGGUAGACUUUAGAGGCCUGAAUAGAAAACUCUCUAGUGGCCAUUGUUAAAAAAAUAUGUGGACACCCGGAAAGCAGAAAAAACUGGACAUUUAGUAUUUAUUAAGUUACAUGAAAAGGCAUGUGAUGGGCCUCUUAGACGCCAGUAAUUUGAGAAACCUCUAAGGAAUCUCAUGCUAAGUCUUCACUUAACCAUAGUUUUAUUACCUAAGCAUCUUAUAUACUAAACAGUUAGUACAUGCAAGCCACUGAAAGAAGUGAUGAUGUACAAUGUAAGGAGAGAAAUCCAGAGAGACCUUAAAACACUUGACCCACUCUGUUCUCCAGUUUAGGAUAUAGCUUUCCUAUAAUUGCAAGAAAAAUAGAUUUUAUUAUUAUUGUUCCCUACCAUCUUUGUCACAUAUAUUAUCCUUCAGGGUUUUUAAAAACAUAAUGUUUUUGUAGCAGAAUAGAUCUGCUAUGAAUUAAACAAUUAAGAUUCUGAUGUGCCUUGCAUGUCUCUACGUAUAAAAACAGGGAGCAUUUCUGGUGAAUAGUAUUGCAUUUUAUAUAUACUGAGAAGGGGGAAAGGGGGAUGAUAUGGGCUCAAAAACAAGGAGGAGAUCUACACUACAUUAGAUAGUUUAGAGGCAGUGACAAGGAAGCACACAUGAAAUAUUCCCACACUGUUCUAUUGGGUACAUAUAAAAUGUUGAGAUCAUGCCAUGUGUGAUUUCAUAGAAUGAUUACUAUUGUAGGAUAUAGAUAUUCAUAACAUGGCUACAAUAUGUAUAUGGCCAGGCAUAAAAUGCCUAUUUACUAGAUAAUAUUUCCUGUCAUUUCCUCUAGCCCACACAGAUUGUUUCAUAUUCUAUUUUACUCUAGACCAGGGGUGUCAAACUGCUGGCCUGCAGGCCAGAUGCGUCACGUGGAAGCCGCACCCACCCCAGCUCUGGCAAGGGGAAAAAAGUUGUGAUACGUCACGACACAUCACAUGAGGCAGUGAGUUUGACACCCCUGCUCUAGACUUAUUUCCUGGUUCAAGGAGAACAUUUUCAGAAAAUCUGUAAUCUAUCAUUACUAUUUAUGAAAUAUGCUUAUGAAGUUGUCUGGGAUCCAGUGGCCUUCUUGGAAAUAAAGAUGUUAUAGACCAGGGGUGUCAAACUGCCAGCCUGCAUCACACAGAAGCUGCGCCCAUCCCAGCUCCAGCAAGGGGAAAAAAGUCUCAAUAUGUCGUGACAUAUCACGUGACGCGGCGAGUUUGACGCCCAUAUUAUAGCUCAUUGACUUACAGCAGGCCAGCUUCCAUAUAUUUGUUGUAAUUAAGACUAGGUGGAAGUAUCCUGUUAGCCCCACCAUGUAGACCAGGCCAGGAGAGAUAAAACUACUUUUCUUGAGAUUGGCUAUAAUUACAGAAUCUUACAAGUCUCAUUGUGCUGUACUUCCUCCCCACUAUUGUACUCCUGUGAAUUAGUGAAGUGUCUGCUUCAGCCACUUCCAAAUAUUUUUGUUGUUGUUAUGGACUUAAGGUUUCACUACUGCUUUGAUAACAGAGCUUGCUUAUCUUUGUCAAAAUCAUAUUCCUUACUCUCUACAUACCGCAUUAAUCCUGAUGGGACCAUUUUGGUGACCUUAUUAUAUGUUGCAUAAUACUACAGAAUAUAUACAAGUAUUCCUGCCCAGAGCAAGCAUGCCACAAACAAAAGAUGCAUUUAGAAAAUUGUCUGAAUCCUUUCAUUUUAUAAAAGUAAGGGAGAAAACAUAGGAAUUGGACAAUAUUUUUCUUUAAUAUUUUAUUGUGGGUUUUUAGGUAAUAUAUAGUGAGAUUCUAAUGAAAUUGUAUAUUAAUCUAUCAGCCGUUCCCUGUGCAAAAUUCUUAAGCAUCCUCCUUUUUUAAAAGUCUCACUGCUUUCCUCAGAAAUGCAUUCACUUUGUACUUUGUCACCAUUAUUUAUAUAUUUUGCAGCUGUUAAGCCUUCUAAAAAAUAAAUGGCAACAGCAGGGAAAGCCUUGAUAUGGUGGUGACUGAGAUCAAUGUUAAGCUUGAUUUAUGGAAAAAGUUGAGCCAAAUUCCAAGAUGAAAUGGAAGAAAGCAUUAAAUCUUUGACAUUCAACACUCAGCUGAGUGUAUGUCAUUAGUUCUUUCUGAAGAAAGGCUCGAUUCUGAAGCACUCAAAUUUCUGUUGUAAAUAAUAGGAAGAUGAAAAUAAAUAAAACAUACAACUGGACUUAUAUUCUUUGACCAGUCUGUGACUGGAUGUGUUCCUGAGUUGGCUCUGAGAGAGAAGAAUUUAGUUGAGAAAUUUGAGGGAUUCAAAGCAGAACUAUAAAUUUUGAUGGGUAACUUAAUUGCAUACACUUAGUGCAAUGUUUCUCAACCUUGAUUUAAAAUGUGUGGACUUCAACUUUCCCCAGCCAGCAAAAAAGGACAUUAUGGAAUGAAGGUGAGGAAACAUUUCUCAAUGAAAUAGAAUUCAUGCCUAAAAUAAGGAGCUCAGCAAGUUUGUGCAAUCUCCUUCCCUUAAAAAAGUAUUCACAUGGGCACUGGCUUCAAACCUCAUGUUCUCCCUAACAGUCUUGUGCUGCUUUGAAAAUAUUCUUGCUGCUUUUCAUGGUGAAGAAAAAAAAAACGCAAGAGGCUGCUCUGCAGCUGCCAGAGCAGCCAGGAAAAAUGGAUGUAGGACAGUGGUUCUCAACCUUUUCAAUGCCGCGACCUCCAACCGGUCGUAAGUCGAGUACUAAACCAGUCGUAAGUCGAGUACUAAACCGGUCGUAAGUCGAGGA